AUGCGCACCUCGCGAACAUCACAGGAAACGAGCAAAAUCCUACAAGCGCUGUCUCCCCGUCGCACGCGCGGUUCCGCGAAUCUGAAUCUGAAUCUCCAGAGCUUCGCGUACGACAACCCGCCCGAGGUCAAAGAUGAGGACGUCUCAUCGCUUUCGUCGGUAAAUACCGUUGACAUCGAGGAUAUCCUCGAGCCGCCCGCGAAGAGAAGGAAAGCUGCCUCUGCAUCUGCUGCACCAGUCCGCACAAAAAAGACGACCGAAACCACAGCGCCACCAACUAAACGAGCACGCCGAACCCCAGCGCGAAAAAUCAAGGCUGAGAAUGGAUCACCAACCGUACAACCGCCCUCCGACUGGGAGACGAUCUACAAUACCGUGAAGAGAAUGCGGGAGAGGAAUCCAACCGCGCCGGUGGAUACGAUGGGAUGCGCGGAGUUAUAUUGGCGGGCGUCGUCGGCGAAAGAUCAGCGGUUUCAUAUUUUGGUUGCGUUGAUGUUGUCAUCGCAGACGAAGGAUACUGUUACUGCUGUUGCAAUGCAGAGGUUGCAUACUGAGUUGGGGGACCCCGGGGUUAAGGAGGAGGAUGGUGUCAAGAAAGAGGACGACGCUGUUAAGCAAGAAGGCAAGGAGGAAGAGAUCAAGACAGAGGACGACGUUAAGAAGGAAAACGACAUUAGGCAAGAGGAUGUCAAGAAAGAAGAUGAAAAGGCGCAACCCAGCGCCCUCACCCUGAAGAAUAUCCUAGCCGUCUCACCACAACGCCUCAACGAACUCAUCCGCACCGUCGGCUUCCACAACAACAAAACCAAAUACAUCAAAGCCGCAGCCCAAAUUCUCCACGACAAAUACAACUCCGACAUCCCCUCCACCGCCCCGGAACUGAUGUCUCUCCCCGGCGUAGGCCCCAAAAUGGCCUAUCUCUGCAUGAGCGCCGCAUGGGGAAAACACGAUGGCAUAGGCGUUGACGUGCAUGUCCAUCGUAUAACCAAUUUGUGGGGAUGGCAUAAGACCAAGAACCCUGAGGAGACAAGGGCAGCGCUGGAGUCGUGGCUGCCGCGGGAUAAAUGGCAUGAGAUUAACAAGUUGUUAGUUGGACUGGGGCAGACGGUUUGUCUGCCUGUUGGGCGUAGAUGUGGAGAGUGUGAUUUGGCUGGGACGAAGCUUUGUAAGAGUGAAGUUAGAGGUAAAUGA